GAAAGAAGUCACCAUACUUGGAAGAAAGUUACUUCUUCAUUUAGGAAGAUUUCAGAUGCUUUAUACUUGAUUUGCUUUUUUGCCACACAAUGAAGGAAAUGUCUUGCUUCUGCAUGACUUUUUCUUCCUUGUUGGAACAGAUGGUGAAGGCUUACAAAUACAUGAUUGGUAUUUUUUCAGUGACUCAUACCUCAGAGCAACAGGCUUCAGAUCGUGAUAAGCAGCCAACCAAGAUGGAUGUAAGCUUACUCGAGGAGCAGUAUGACCAUAUAAAACAGAAGCAAAAACUGGAAUCACACAUUAUUGUAUUUAAAACAGGUGAACAUGAAUCUGUUCUCCCAGCAUCAAUGGUCAGUGCUGUUUUAAUUAAUAAACAUGUUAGAAGAUCAAAGUCAUUUACAGAACAUAUUCCUGUCAGAAAGAUCAAACUGGAGAUGACCAGCAGCGGCAACGUACAAGACAGCUCACCAUGGCGUACGCACCUGGGAAUUCACCGCCUGGUGCAAGCCCCUUGUCAAGGAGUUAGCUGGGAUCUUUCCCACUGCAAGAACAGACCACACGGUUUUGACAAUCAGAGGCUGAUUUCAAAGGGAAACGGCACGCUGCAACACAAGGAAUUAGAAGGAGCAAGUGAACUAUCCGUGCUCAGUCAACUGGGAAGUUCAAACACGUUGAACAGUUUCAGCGAAGAGAAUGGCAGCAACAUUUCAAGCACCUGCCAAAAGCCUCCUCCGAAAUCAGCCACGUCAGCAGUUUGGACACAUCAACAUAUUUCUUCUACAAAAUGCAUGCCGGCCUGCAACAAACUAAACUUUUACCCUUUCCCCAAUAAAAAAGGACCGAGAAUUUCUGAAGCAGCAAGGAGGCUUGGAUUAUACGUCUCACAAUGA